AUGCGAAUAGAAGACUCUUGUGAAGAGAAUAUUGUCAGCAGAACUACAUUGACUGAAAUGGCUGAUGAAGAAGCGACAAUCGAAUACACUGAGUCAUCUUUUCAUUGUCAUGAAUUUAACCAUACGAUUCUCAGCACGGAAGUGAAAUUUGAAGUUCUUCAAAUGAAAGAUUCGACGUUUGUAUGGAUCGGUAAUAUGCUUGAUCCGAAAUUUUCUGAUCUUUCUUUGGCCAUUAAGACUCCAAGUAACCCAAUACCAAUAGCUACGAAAAUUUUGGGGGCUGCCACUGCAGAUACAACAUCAUUAGGAUUAGCCGAACGACUGAGUAAAAAGUUGAAAAAGCCAGUUUAUAUUAGUUUUAAUAUUUCUAUUAUAAAUAACAAGAUGUUGGAAGAUAUCGAAAGACGAUUGGUGGAAGAAAUUGAAAUAAAUGCUGAAAAAUUUUAA